CUCGUGUGGUAUUUCUUUACGAUGGCACGCGGGAGAUUAGUUAGCGUGCGAUGACACGCCCGUGUCCGUGUCGUCUCACAUUAAGCGUAUAGUGAUAAGGCCAGUCUUGCGCAGAUCCGCGGUGAAGUUGUACUCAUUGCGCUUUUGUCCCGUCUUGUCGCGUACGUAUGUACGUGAGGACACGAUCAGACACGAUAAUCACGCGAGUUCUCGACAAAGAAAAAGACGGACGGACGGACGAAGUGUCAACUAUCAAGGAAUAAACGAAGCCGAUGCGCCGCGAGAUACAGAUCAGUGCGGAUCGCGCAUUCGUGCCUUCGUGAGUCCGACGUUGCCUAGGACACUCUGGACACCGUGGGAUAUUGCGCGGCGAAUGAGGAAAUGAUUUGUAAUAUAAAAGUGGAACCUAAUAAAUUCAACGUCGGCGCCAUCGACCCUGCGAGAACGCGCUAUUAAUACGGUCCUGUGUGUUUUUCAUCGAUACUGUCCAUUGCCGCACGCUACUCCGUCGCUUUGUCGCAUAACAGAUUGAUCACGCACGAGCGAAAUCACUCUGUGCCUGAACGUGGCUUGGAGCGAAGUCCAGAGACUGGAUCUUCCACUUCUCCUGGAGCAGUCUGAGGACGCGGCAGUGACGACGCAAGAUCGUCCGUGACAGACUGUGACAGCGCGGUGUUAUCUUCGCCCUGCGUCCCGCCACUGCGGGAUUGUCGUGUGCGUGUGGCAUUUUGUGAACUUGUGCCCAGCCACCCAGAUGCCGUCUAAAGAUCACCGCCGAGACUAUCGCCAGCCACGUGAUCGGUUCAACCUGAACUUAUUGAAACGAAGUAGAUAGAUGACAACCUUCUUAGAACAAAGGUAUGGCAAGCUUGAUGGUGAACACCUCUAGUAAAAACAGUUCGCGCAGUGGAUCUCCUAGUAGGACAACUUCGACGUCUCAACUGCAGCAACAACAACCGACAGCAAACUUGGAUCAUACUCCAAGAUUGCGUAAUGCCCCAAUUUCUCAAGGAGAGGGUAGCACAGGCAGUGGAAGUAGUGGUGGUGGUGGUACCGGAAGUAGCCUCAACAUGAAAGGCAGUAACAGACAAAGGUCACCAGGAAAUUUAAUCCGCACGGGGGAUGCCAUGGAUGAACCAAGUAAUACUUCAAACACUGCCGAACCAGACGAGUUUGUGCCAAAUGUUCAUCCACCGACUGAUGACGAAGGAGAACAAUAUCACACAACCCAAUCGUUCCUAUCAAAUGGUUCUUCUGAGUUGAUAAGCGAUGAUGUCGACUCUAGUGCAGCACGAGUUCGUCAAGCUAUUGAACAUAUUCAAAGCAAAAUUGCUAAAACGCGAGAACAGAUAAGAAUAGAACAAACCACACGGGAUGAAAACGUCAAUGAGUAUUUGAAAUUGGCUGCUAAUGCGGAUAAGCAGCAAUUAACUAGGAUUAAAACGGUAUUCGAAAAGAAGAAUCAAAAAUCGGCGCACAGUAUUUCACAGUUACAAAAAAAGUUAGACAGUUACACAAAAAAAUUAAGAAAUUAUGAAAUGAAUGGUGCACCGACGAGUCAUAGACAACCGAGGGAAAUGUUACGCGACAUGGGACAAGGACUUAAACAUGUAGGAGGAAACAUCAGGGAUGGAAUCACUGGUUUUUCAGGAACUGUAAUGUCUAAACCAAGAGAGUUUGCUCAUCUUAUUAAAAAUAAAUUUGGAAGUGCCGAUAAUAUAAAUACUUUAUCACAUGGCUCGACUUUUUAUGUAAACGAUACACCGCAUGCAGGUAAUGGUGAUAACGCUAGCGUUGAAGAUGAUAAAACUCACCAUGGAUCGGCUACACUUCCGGGUGGAUGCAGUCUGGGAUCUACCCAAAGUGCAGCGGCUAUGAAGUUUCCGUCUGAGGAAGGAUCGGAGUGUUCUAGCGUAACUAGUGAAAGCGGCCCUGGUAGUAGAGGACAGCCGCAUACAUGUCACAGUAAUAAUGCAGCCUUGAGUCUCAAAUCUAUUUUUGCAGAAUUACAGGAACAUCGGGAAAAUCUUGAUCGAAUGAGAGAAAAAUUAGAUAAUGUAAAGACAUUACAGCAGGAAGUGACAUAUCUUUCCCAUUCCCUCCAAGAAGAACGUUUUAGAUGUGAACGUUUAGAAGAGCAGAUUAAUGAUUUAACAGAAUUGCAUCAGAACGAAGUGGAAAACUUGAAACAGACUAUCACAGAUAUGGAGGAGAAAGUGCAAUAUCAAAGUGAAGAUAGAUUACGAGAUAUACAUGAGAUGUUAGAAAGUUGUCAAACUAAAAUUUGUAAAAUGGAACAUCAACAACAACAGCAUCAACAAUAUGUGACAUUGGAGGGUUUAGAUAAUAGCAAUGCGAGAGCGUUAGUUGUAAAAUUGAUAAAUGUAGUAUUGACAGUAUUGCAAGUUGUUUUGCUCCUUGUUGCAACGGGUGCUGGUAUUAUGAUGCCUUUUCUCAGAACUAGCUGUACUAAGCCUCAUUGUUUCAUGUGCAGGGUGCGUAUAUUAACGACUACAUUCGUCGUACUGGGAAUAGUAUUUGUAUUAAAGCAAUGGCCUGAGGUACAUGACGUUGGCAGCCACCUCAUGCGCCAUCUCAAACAGACGCUCGCCAUGAAGUAGCAUUGGUGGAAUAUUUAAAUUGAAUCAAACCUUGUGAUGAAGCUGGGCUAGAUUGGACACAUUGAAUGAAACCUUGCAUCCAUUUAUCAGUGUUGUAGCACAUUGGAGCAAUAAUAGUAUGUA